UUCCUGAAACAAAAGUGAAAAUAAGCAUGAGGCUUGUGAUUUCCCUAUAGCACAGACUCGCAAGUCAUUUCCUCAUUAAGCGAACUUCACGAUGGAUGAAUAUUAUCCCAUAAUUGUAGAGGGGGACUGGGGGCCUGAACACGCCAAAAGUGUGAAAAAUAAACUUCAGAUUCACUUCCAGAGUAAGAAGAAAUCUCAGGGAGGAGACUGCGUCGUGAAAUACGACGAAAGGAAGUCUGCGACGAUUCUGUUCAAAACGUCUGACAUCCGAGAUGCUGUGCUCUCUCAGACGGAACAUGUUAUUACCAUUGACACGCAACAAAUCAAGCUAAAAGUAUAUAAACCCAGCAAUGUAAAGGAAAAUGCAGUCAGCACUGAACAACAAAAAGACCAGGCAUGUGCAAAUCAAGAACCAAAACAAAGUGCCUCUGAGACUGAGUUGGAUGUGAAGAAGCCUGAGGGGUCAAAUGCUGUGGUCCUGGAGAACAUUGCAGAUCAUAUGAAUCAAGAUGUCUUGACUCUUUUGGUGGAGAACAUCAGCGGUCUUUCUGAUGAUGACUUUAGCAUGGAAAUAAUACCCGAAUUACAAGCUGCCGUUGUGACCUUUAAAAAUCCCAGUGCUGCAGAAAAGUUCCUUGAGGACAGCAGAAUGCAUGAAAGAAUGAAGAAGAACAAUCUGAAGACUCGUCCACUGGAGAGAAGCACAUGUGUGCGGGUGGAGGAUCUUCCAGCUGAUGUUAACAAGAUGCUGCUGGAACUGCUGUUUGAGAAUCGGUGUGGUCCAGUACAAUGUAUUGAUAUAAUUCCAUCAGAACAUGCAGCCAUUAUUACAUUUAAGGAAGAAGAAGCCAAGGAAAGAGUUAUGAAGCAGCAGAUUUUCAUCAAUAAUAUUCCAUUGAAGAUAUAUCCCUACUUUAAAUCACUGGAUAUGGUCUCCUAUGGUGACAACAAGCCACAUUUAAAGCUGCCUGAACCCAUUACAGCCAGUCUACAUGCUGCCAUCAGGGCGUUCCUCUUCAAGACAGGGCAGAUUUCCUCUAUUGAAGAUAAAAUGAGUUCACACUUCUGCCUGAUAAACAUGGACAAACCUGAUGUUUUGCUCAGUCCUGAUCCAGCAUUACUGAAACAGAAAGGAGUCAGCAGAAGACACAUUGAUGGCUGGAGUAAGAAUGCUUUAGAGGCCUUCAAGAAAAUCAUCUCAGACUACACAACAUCUGAGUGGCCGGUGUCACACGCCUUGUGGUCUAAAGUGGAGACUGAUGUUAAAGCAGUGGUGAAAGAUCAGGUUUACACAGAUAUGGAUGCCUCUAAAGGGGUCCUGACUCUAGCAGGAAUGAGCCAUGAGAUAAUUGGUCUGAAACCCAUCAUGGAGAAAAUUUUGGAGCGAGCAGCAAAUCAACUGGAGAGAGAGAAGAACAGUGUGACAGAGAACAUAGAGAUGUCUCCUGCCAUGUACUCUCUGCUUGAACAAGAUGGCUUGAAAAGUGCUGUUUCUCCACAAUUGCGCAUUGACUACUACAAAAAUAUGAACAGACUUACUGUAUCUGGUCUUCAAAAAGAAAGUCUUAUCUUUAAGAACUGGGUCCUUGAAAAACAAAUAAAUAUGAAACAGAGGUCUUUAAAGAUUGACCGUUCAGUCCUGGAUUUCCUGAAAUCAGUUGAUUGUGAUGAAAUGUCCACAGAUCUAUUUUUAUCUCAUAGAAUAUCUGCUGUCUACACAAUUGAAAAUGGAGAUGUUGUUGUAAUUGGGAGCACAGAACAAGCACAUGCUGAAGCAGAGAAGAGGCUGAAUACAGUACUUACAUCCAAAACACUCCUUGUAGAAGAUCAGAGUGUUCUUCAAAUGCCAGAGUGGCAGGAUCUCAACAAACAAGAAUUGUUCAAUACAUCCAAAAAGAGAACUGUGUCUAUAAACGUUUUACAGAGCGACAAAGUGAUAGUGUCUGGAUUCAGAGAACCAGUGAUGGAGGUCAGUGAUAGGUUGGAAAAGUUCAUUGAGAAACACACUCGAAUUGAAGAAACUGUUCGUGUCAAAUCACUUGCAACUGCACAGUUCAUAGAAGACAGAAAAUCACAAGAUUGGCAACAUUUAUUGAAGUCUGAUGAGAUUAAAGUAAGUUUUGAUCCAAAAAGACCCCAGAUCAAACUGUCUGGACAGCGCAUGUUUGUUCAGCCAGCUGUGACUUUCUUCAAAAGGUUGGCAGAAUCUCUCCACACAGAUACACUGACCAUUAAAAAGGCAGGAGCAAAGAAGUACUUCAAGGAGCAGGGCAAAAUGAUGCUCUUAGUGCUGCUGAAGGACAAAAGAUUUGUAGUGUUGCUCCAGGAAGAUCAUAUGCUAGAAGAGGAUGAGGAUGAUUUUACUGAAAGUAAUUUUGGAGAUUUUGGCCAGGCCUCUUGUGAGGUUCAAAUUCCCGGUAGAGUAACAGUAACAGUCAGGAAAGCAGACAUUUGCACUCUCAGUGUUGAUGCUGUGGUCAAUGCUGCUAAUGAAGAUCUGAAGCAUACAGGUGGCGUAGCUUUUGCACUUCUCCAAGCUGCAGGAAGAUGUCUGCAGGAAUACUGUGACCUACACAUAAAGGUAAAUGGGCGUCUGAGUCCUGGAGAUGCUGUCAUCACUGAAGCUGGUCGUCUUCCAUGUAAAUAUGUGGUGCACGCUGUUGGGCCUCGAUUCAGAGGUUCAGACCAACGUACAGCUGUGCAACAAUGCCUGAGACGUGCUGUGAGAGAAAGUUUGAACCAGGCAUCACGCAAAAAAUGCUCCUCCAUUGCAAUACCAGUGAUCAGCUCAGGGAUAUUUGGUUGUCCUCUUGAUCUUUGCACUGAAUCAAUCGCCAAAGAGGUGCGGCAGUACAUUGAAAAUCAUAACUACAGUGGCUCCAGUUCCACACUGACUGAGAUUCAAUUGGUUGACAACAAUGACAAGAAUGUGAAUGCCAUGGCUCAAGCUGUCAGAAAUGAGUUUGCAGCUUAUAACCCCAAAAUGACUUUCCCUCAUCAAAGCAAACCCCAUGAGUAUAGUAACUAUGAGCAUGGACAUCGUGCAGAUAGUCGUGGUCAUGGUCGUGAAAACCAUAACCAAAGAAACCAUCGUAGUCAUAGCAAUAGAGAAUUUGAAGAACAAGCACACUCAUGGUCUGGUGACAGAACAGAUCAAUCUGAGGGGUUGAUUGUUCUUGAGACCAAAACUACACAAGACGGACUAAAAAUUUGUCUGUGUGAAGGAAACAUCCAGGAUGCACGCGCUGAUGUCAUUGUCAACACUAUAUCAGAGGAUAUGGAUCUCAGAAAAGGUGCUGUCUCUAAAGCACUCCUUCACGCUGCCGGUCGUCAGCUCCAGUCUGAAGUCAACAGAGCUGCUAAGCCAUUUAGGAUGAAUACUGGUGAAAUAGUCAUCACAGAUGGUUAUAACCUGAAAUGUUCCAGAGUCUUUCAUGUAGUUUGUCCAUUUUGGAGACACGGCUCAGAGGACAGGGUUCUCAGUCAGAUCAUUAGAAACUGCCUAAAAAAUGCAGAAACCCAGAGAAUGAAUUCAAUAGUUUUCCCAGCUAUUGGCACUGGAAAUCUCGGCUUUCCUAAAGAUCUGGUGGCCAAAAUCAUUCUGACAGAAGUCCAGCAAUUUAACACUACAAACCUAAAAAUGGUCACUGUGAUUGUGCACCCUUCUGACAAGGAAAGUGUUAAGUGCUUUACCAGCAUCUUCAGACAUGGGCAUCGGGGUCCAAUCACAAAAGAAGCACAUCACCAUAUCAUGCCUAAAAAAUCAGCUGAGACCUCUGGAACUCUUGGCAAAGUCUCCUCUCUGUCUCUUGGGGUUUACACUAUGCAGCUGGGUCAGGUGACUCUGGAGGUUUCAUCAGGAGACAUAACCAAAGAAAAAACAGAUGCCAUUGUCAACUCCUCAAAUCCAACAUUUUCUCUAAAAGCAGGAGUAUCCAAGGCCAUUUUAGAUGCUGCUGGAGGACAAGUAGAACAUGAAUGUUCACAAAUUGUAGCAUCAUCAAACAAGCAGCAAAGAGAAAUUGUGACCUCAUCCGGACGACUCCCAUGUGGAAAGAUCAUCCAUAUUUCUGGAUGCAAUGGUCUAUCUACAAUUAAAGAGGUUGUUUUGUCUGUUCUGAAGUUGUGUGAAUCACAGCAGUUUACCUCCAUUGCCUUCCCUGCUCUUGGCACAGGUCAGGGUGGUGCGGAACCUGGUGAUGUUGCAGACGCAAUGGUUGACGCAGUUGUUGACUUUGUGAAGAAGAAGAAACCGGUGCAUGUAAAGUUUGUGAAGUUCCUUAUAUUCCAGGCGAACAUGCUGACAGAGUUUCACCAAAGCAUGGUUAGAAGAUCUGGUGAGAAGGUGGAAGAGGAAAAAGGUCUGUUCACCAAAUUUAAAGAUUAUUUUUUUGGGGAAAGUUCAGAAUCUUCUGCAAAUGAAGAAUUUGUGAUGGUGGGUGAAGAAAUUGAGCCGGCUGUGUUUCAACUCUGUGGAGAAACACCACAGGACCUGACUGAAGCCAAGGAAAUGAUCAAGAAUUUUAUAAUACAGGAGCAUUUGACCAUCCCAAUCCAUGAUCCAGCCAUUGCUCAUUUUACCAGGGAGGAUGUAGAAAUGCUGAACGGCAUGCAGAAGGAGCUCACAGUCAGUGUCAAACUAGAGAAGAAAGGUCAAGACUCUGUUGUUACAAUGGAGGGUCUGACAAGAGACGUUCACACUGCAGAGAGUCGCGUUCGGGACAUGAUCCGCAAGGUGGAAAGAAAUGAAAGCAGAAAACGUGAAGCAUUAAUGAUCAGAACUAUAAUUAAAUGGCAGUAUCAGGAGUAUGGGCAGAGAUUCGAAAACUUUGACAUGUUGACCAAUUAUGACCUGGAACAAGCCUUUCAGAAUCGGCAGCCUUCAGUGAGAAUCAAGAUUAAUAAUGAUGAAUAUGAGGCUGAUUUAGUUCGCAAAGUGGCCAAUAGAAGAGGAAUAAGGAUUCAAUUGAAUAGAGUAGAUCUGGAAGAUGCAGCUAAGUCUGGGUCCCAAAGCUCUUUGCCUUCACACUGGGAGAACAUGAAAGGAAAGUCAGUCAUUCUUGUGAAACUCAAAGCAGGUUCCAAGGAAUAUACUGAAGUGGAGAAAGAGUUCAGGAGAACUGGUCUAACAUUUAAAAUCAUUGAAAUUGAAAGAGUCCAGAACAGCGCACUUUGGAGAAGCUACAUGAUCAAAAUGAAUGAACUGGAAGACAAAAAUCAGCACAAAAACAAUGAGAAGCGUCUUUUCCACGGCACUGGCCCUGACACGACAGAUCAGAUCAACAAUCACGGCUUCAAUCGCAGCUACGCUGGGAUGCACGGUGCCAUGUUCGGGAAAGGAUCAUAUUUUGCUGUGGAUCCGAGUUACUCAGCACAAGGCUACUCUAAACCGGAUGCCAAAGGACAUAAACGCAUGUACCUCGCCAAGGUGCUGGUUGGUGACUUCACUCGAGGAAAUCCAGGUCUUAUUGUUCCCCCUGCAAAGAGCACCAGUAGUGCUGAUCUCUAUAACAGUGUGACUAAUGAUGUGAACAAUCCAACCAUGUUUGUGAUUUUUCAUGAUGUACAGGCUUACCCAGAAUACCUGAUCACCUUCCAGUAAUGAUUAUGAGAUCUCAGUUCUGUAUCGUAGGGUUGUUGUUUUCUUUUACUGUUUCAGUGAAGCAGAUUAUCUAUGAAUAUGCGAUAUUUAAUUUCAGAAUUAUUACAAUGUUAUAAGUUAAUCCUCAUAUAUGGCAUUUUGGCGUAUUACGGCAUAACUGACAUUUUGACCACCCUAAUUAGGAGUUUUUGGAUGUUAAAUAUUAUAUAUAAUUUUACUUAAGAAACAAGUUUUCUCUGAAUACAUAUAAAUGGUGAUUUGUUUUUUGGUUUGUUUUCUGGGGAUUUAAGGAGCGCAAUGAUAGAAAUUAAACAAACCAUUAAUUAAUAAUAAAUGUAAGAAUUGUCAAAUGUUCCACUUGAGAUAUACAAUAAAUAGUCAACUUCAAAUUUAAGUAAAAUGAAGUCCUGUGUCGUUCAGGGGUGAUGAGUGAAAAAUUAUGUUGUGUCUGGUGUGCUGAAGCCUAUUUUGUAUAAAUAAAAAUUGAAAUUAUGUAUUCGGCAAAAAUUCUGGAAUUGUCAGAAAGCUAAUCCUCUUGAAUUUCUAUUUAGUUGUUAAUACAAUGUAUUCAUGAAUAAAAUGCAAAUCUCUUUUACAUUUAACCAACAAUAUUAUUUCAGGUCACUUUUAAAGCCACCUGAACCCAUUACAGUCAGUGUACGUCCUGCCAUCAGGGCAUUCCUCCUCAAGAAAGUGCAUAUUUCCUCUAUUGAGGAUGAAAUGAGUUCACACAUGAUGUUUUGCUCAGUGCUGAUCCGGCUUUAUUGAUUAUUGAUUAUUGUGUCACCAGAAGACACAUUGAAAAAGAGAGUUGUAAAGAUCCAGAACUUAUAGACUGUCCAUUUUGAUCCCUAUAGCUGUUUUUAUAAAUGUUUUCUAAUUGUACUAUUUAGUAGAUGUUGUCAUAAUGUAUAUUAAAGUAUUCAAAUAGCACAGGUA